GAUGUUAAUGUAGUCUAACACUGACAGUGCUGCUUUUCCCUGCCUGAGAUCCAGUCCCAAAUAAACAAAGAGACACACGAAGAACUGAAGCAUGUGGGGGAGAGGAAGGUAGCUGCCUUUGCAAAAACAAACCAUGUUGAUGCUCCGCUGUCGCCUCACUGCUUCCCUCAUAUUCACAUUUGGGGAGUAAGAAGGAGACGCACACAUUGGAUUUCUUAUCAUAUAGGAUGCUCACGGCUCUCUUCUCUCUGGCUGAAUCCGGGGAAAGGACUAAUGUACUUUCUUAGGGUGAAAGAUACCAACCUAAGAACCAGCUCUGAGCCACUGGAGGCAUGAUAUCCUAACUGAUCUCGCCCCAUGGAAUGCGACCUGCUUGUGGAUUGGAGCCUCCCAAUAUUUGUACUCUAAAGAGAACCGAAACUGCUUCUCUUCAUUUUUAUGUAUGUCUUUUUCUUUUUUUUUUUUUUUUUUUUUGUUUUGAGUUGCACGGAGCGGUGAUUUUUGGCAUCUGAAAAAGAGAUGACCCAGGAACAGUGCGCUCAUAGAAACAAUGUCUCUCAAGAACCACACGUGUACAAAGUGGGGAUCUACGGCUGGCGAAAGCGCUGCCUGUACCUCUUUGUUCUGCUCCUCAUGGUUUUAAUCCUGGUCAACCUCGCUUUGACAAUCUGGAUCCUCAAAGUCAUGAACUUCACGAUCGAUGGUAUGGGUCACCUGCGUAUCACUGAAAAGGGGCUGAAACUAGAAGGGGAUUCGGAAUUCCUAAAACCUCUUUAUGCCAAAGAAAUCCAAUCCAGACCAGGUAGCCCAUUGUUCCUCCAGUCCUCCAAAAAUGUAACUGUCAACAUUCUCAACAGUAAAAACAAUGCAGUAACUCAACUAGUGGCAGGAUCCAACGGCAUUGAAGCUCACAGUAAGUUGCUGGAGGUAAAGUCCAACACAGGGAAGCUUCUGUUUUCUGCUGAUGAGCGUGAAGUUGUGGUUGGAGCGGACAGGCUACGAGUAUUAGGUGCUGAGGGGGCUGUGUUCAGCAACUCAAUAGAAACGCCUCAUAUCAGAGCUGAUCCUUUUAAAGAACUCAGGCUGGAGUCCCCAACUCGCUCUUUGUUUAUGGAGGCUCCGAAAGGGGUUGAAAUCAAUGCAGAAGCGGGGAACCUUCAGGCAACAUGCAGAAAUGAGAUGACGCUGGAGUCUAAAGAUGGAGAGAUCUCUUUGGAUGCUAACAACAUCAAGCUACCUCGGCUUCCCAAGGGGACCUACUCUGCAGCCGGAGCCAAGCAGAAAGUGUUCGAGGUGUGCGUGUGUCCAAACGGACGUCUCUUCUUAUCCCCCUCGGGGACCGGCUCAACCUGCCAGAUUAGCUCCAGCGUCUGCCUCUGAAAACAAACCAACAAACCAAGAAAUCAAAGCGCGGCAGAGGGGCCAAACAGGCUUCUCUAGGCAGUGAGCGGAGAGAGAAAGAGUCGUGUGGGAGAUGAGGAGAGGCUCUCUGAGACACGUGCGUGUGUGUGUGUGUGUGUGUGUGUGUGACAGCUGUUACCAGCACUGCUCUUGAACAAUGUUUCAGUACAACAACAACGAGGGGGAUCACCUUUUUAUAAACGGAAUCAGAAUUUUUUUUUUUCCUCCACCACGAUUUUUGCUGUUUCUCUGAAUAGCAUUGUCCUUUUGCUAAAGAAGUAGAGAAGCUUGGGUUACAGAACAAAAGCAAACAAACAAAAAAAAAAGAAACUCUUGAAAAGAAACAAAAAGAAGAAAAAAAGGAAAAGGUCAAUCAUCUGUGUUCAACAACAGAAUGUUUGUUUUGUUUUGAGUUUUUUUUUUUUCAAAACAAAAUAAUAAUUUAGCAAAGUAUUAAUCAUAUAUGAAGUUGUGGAAUUUUAUUUUACAGUUCAUACAAUUUAUAACACUAUCAUUCAUUAUUCUUUUAAUUUCUUUGUAAUAUACUGUACUACACAACUGGUUCUGAACCCGAGCCUACCCUGGACGGACGGCCUCCCGUGAUUAAUCAGACAUUUUUAUAUCUAUAAAAAGAGAAUGCUUUCAUAGCAAAUUGCUGCAGUUCAUGUUUUUAGAUUAAAAUCCCAAAGAAAUGGUUCUCCUGCACCCUCAGCUCAGUGUUUUAAUUGCGACGCUAAGUGCUCCUCAAGUACGUGUUAAUUCAUAGGGUUACCAGACAUCCCAGGAUAACUGGGUUUGUCCCGGUCAGAAACACUAACAAUGUUAAACCAUCCCAGGAUUUUGAUUGUAUUCACAUUUUGAUUACAAAAGUACAGAACUGUAUCAGUGUGCUCAGCAAGAUAACAGCGCGUUAUUAGGUUGUGUGUUAGCGCCAUUCAAAAAUCAAAUCAGCAAUCUUGUGCAUUAUUUGUUUCAUAACUCUGACUGUGUGUUUAUCACAUGUUUCAAUGGUAAUAGCGGAUCUAUUUUUUGUAAUCUGGCUUUUUGUACAUUUUACAUGUUUUGAUUAGAUGACAAUGGAAAGAAAACAAUGAGCUGUUCUGAUCUGCAAUAAAUACACUCUGUGUUUAUUUUUGAAAUGAU